AAUGCCCCUCUUCCAGUGGAAAGCCUAAUCACGCAGAUAUCCUGCUUGUAAACUUACAGUAUGUUUCAGAAGUGGAAAUAAUUAAUGACCGCACGGAAACGCCUCCUCCUUUAGCUUCACUCAAUGUUAGCAAGCUUGCCAACAAAGCACGGACGGAGAAGGAAGAGAAGAUGAGCCAGGCGUAUGCAAUUAGUGCUGGUGUCUCUCUGGAGGGGCAGCAGCUCUUCCAGACUAUACAUAAGACCAUUAAAGACUGUAAAUGGCAGGAGAAGAACAUAGUUGUGAUGGAAGAAGUCGUUAUCGCCCCUCCUUAUCAAGUGGAAAACUGUAAAGGCAAAGAGGGAAGCGCGCUGAGUCACGUACGCAAAAUAGUGA